AUGGCCCUGUGCUACCGUCGCACCUUCAUCGACGAGGAAUCUCCUGCCGCCGCGGUCCGCCGCGCGCGAAGUGCCCCGCCAGCUGGCGAGACGCCUGUGGACGCUGAGACGGUCCAGGUGAACAAGGACUUGGCGGAGCUGUCUAUCCGGGCGCAGGAACUUCUGCCGAAGCAUUCUUGCGCCUCGACUCUGGAGACAUCCCAAGAUGAGGUAAGCACGGUCCCGAGUGGUGGCUGGUCGAGAGAACAAUCUGAAGAGGAGCUCUCGAGCGCUUCGGUCCUGGAAAGCGGCGCGUUUUCGCCGCCAGGGUCCUGCCAGGAGUCUACCCAUACAAUGGUGAUUGCAAGUGGCGCUUCUUCACCAUCAGGGUCCGGCCAGGAUGGAACUUCGCCGAGCGCUGAGAUUGCAGAGAUUCUCGCAAACAGGGAGGAGCCGGCAGCAGCAGUGGCAGGCGAGAACCCUGGAAGCUACGGUCACCCGGAGGUUUGCCGAAAGCCAUGCAUCUUCUUCCAAGCUGGUCAGUGCGAAAACGGGGCCCGUUGUGGCUACUGUCACUGUCAGCAUGUGAAGCGCCAAAUCUUGCCGGAUCGCCGGCAGCGCGCGCUCCUCCGCCGGCUGAACGCCACUGGAAUGCUGACCUUUUUCAUCCCACCCCUGGAGAAGCGAGCAGAAGAAGCCGGAAUCCAAGACAAGGCGGCAGGAGUUCUCGAUCGCUUGCAGGAGGCAUUGAAUCAGAGCUCCCGUUCGCCCACGACGCUCGCUGCCGACGACGCAGAGUACCUGCAACACCUCCUGGACAAGAUGACCUUUGGCAAUCUCAUGGCCAUGCUCCUCCACAACUUGGGAUCCAGCGAAUGGGCGGAUGCCACACGUGAAAUGCAUGAAAGUUUGCGGCUGGCUGUCCGCCAUAACUGA